GCCCGGAUGAAGGAAUGAGAAUGAAACACGCGAUUUGGAAAUCUUGUCAUGUACCUACUGUAGACCGAUGCUACCUCCCCGAGGCUUGUCCGUAACCUAACUAGGCCACCCUUCCUAAACAUGAAAUAAUAUAUGACUCUAGGGAAAAAACUGAAGUGAUAGAAUAUAUCAUAAACAUCGAUAAAAAUCGAAAAGAAAAACAUUCUGGCCUUCCGAAAAUUACGAUCUCGGGAACAAGAAGAGUCGAGAGGUCCAUUGAGUGAUAGACAACAGACGAUAUUGGAAAGGAUGAAGCAGAGCUAGUGCUGUCACUCAUUGUACAUUCUCCCAAGAUGUCUGACCACCACAUAAAGGACCUGCGUCCUGGUAUUAAGAAUAUAAACCUCAUGUUUAUAGUUCUGGAAAUAGGGAAACCAACAAGAACAAAAGAUGGCCAUGAUGUACGCUCGUGUAAAGUAGCAGACAAGACAGGAAGUAUCAACAUCUCUAUUUGGGACGAGACUGGUGAUCUGCUUCAGACCGGAGAUAUAUGUCGCCUUACCAAAGGGUACGCCAAUAUUUGGAAAGGCUGUUUGACAUUAUAUACAGGAAAAAAUGGAGAAAUAAUCAAAAUUGGAGAGUUUUGUAUGCAGUUCACAGAGACCCCUAAUAUGAGUGAACCCAUUCCAGAGACUAUACAGAAGGAAGGACAACCUGCUGGUCAGAGGAAAUCUCCAACAGAAGGAGGUGACAAAGGACUCCUCCCCAAUCCUGGGGGGCCACCCAACAACCAAACUCCACCAACUGGUCGGGGGGGUAAUCCUAAUUAUCAAAAUCAGAGGCCACCACGACCUUUCAUGCAAGGUCAAGGUCGAGGCAUGCAGCAAGGUCAUGGUGGCAACAUGGCGCCAAUGAAUGUGAAUGGACGAGGAGGGCGGGGCAUGAGAAGAUGAUUGACAGCAAGAAUUGCUUCUUAUUGUGAAAAAAAUAAUGUCAGUUUUCAUACAAAAAAAGCUAUUUUAAAAUACAUGUAGUUAUUGUCAUUGU